AUGUCCGAAAAAAGACCGGCAUCUGACGAGCCAGGCUCGGGCCAGAUGAUCGUGAAGCGUCAAAACGUGGGAUCAUCCACGGGAGCACUGUCGAGGCUCAAUGGUUCCGGGAAGAGCAACGCCUUGGUGCAGACCGCGCCACGAACGAGCAAUCUACAAGCCCCUGUCAUGGAGCUCACUGGGCACUCUGGGGAGAUUUUUUCAGCCAAGUUCGAUCCUACAGGCAACUUUAUCGCCUCAGGAUCUAUGGAUAGAAGCAUUCUCCUGUGGCGCACGUAUGGCGAUUGUGAAAAUUACGGAAUCCUCAACGGCCACCGCGGCGCCAUCCUGGACCUUCAAUGGUCGCGGGAUUCGAAGAUUGUCUACUCAGCAUCGGCGGAUACGCAUCUGGCCAGCUGGGACCUGGAGAACGGCUCCAGAAUACGAAGAUACGUCGGUCACGAAGAGAUUGUCAAUGCUAUGGACAUCAGCAAGAGAGGCGAAGAACUCUUGGUCAGCGGCAGUGAUGACGGGUCCAUAGGCUUAUGGGACCCGAGGACAAAGACUGCGGUUGAUCACAUUCAGACCGAGUUUCCGAUCACAGCUAUUGCCAUGUCAGAAGCCGGCAAUGAAGUCUAUUCAGGAGGCAUUGAUAACGACAUCAAGGUCUGGGAUUUGCGCAAGAAGUCGGUGAUCUACUCCAUGCUUGGGCACCAGGAUACGGUAACCUCUCUGAGGGUUUCGCCAGACUCUCAAUCACUCCUCUCGUUUGCUAUGGACUCGACUGUAAGGACGUGGGACAUUCGGCCCUUCGCACCAACCGAGAGACACAUCAGGACGUUUGACGGUGCGUCUGUGGGUCUCGAAAAGAACCUCAUCCGUGCCAGCUGGGACUCAGAGGGCAAGAAAGUGGCCGUUGGUUCUGGAGAUGGAACUGCGACGAUAUGGUCUAGCGAGACUGGCAAAUUGAUGUACAAGCUGCCAGGUCACAAGGGAACAGUCAAUUGUGUUGAGUUCGCGCCUGGCACAGAGCCAAUCAUACUGUCCGCAUCAUCUGAUCGGAACAUGCUUCUCGGAGAACUGCGGUGA